AUAUCCAGGAUCGAACUGGGUCUUUGUCUGUUGCUCUCCCGAGUGAGCUAUGCGCCCUCCCUUCUCCCGAUGUCGAGCGCCUUGAAUGAGUGGAGUUGUCGAGGUUUAAUGUUGGUCCGAUCUACAGGAAAAAGACGCAUCUUCUUCAGCGCGAGUAGUAAGUAUAAGUUCCUAGGUCUCCUGUUCGCAUACCAGAAAAUACCGUGCAUACACGUGCAUUGCAAGUCCCAUGCAAGGAUGAAACACUUGGGGAACUUGGGAAACCACGUAUCACUCGUCCAUUGAUUCCAUAAGGAAAUUGAUAUCCCAGGGAGCGAACCGCGGGCUAUGCAACCCUCUCGAAACGUGGCGUAUUAUACCAAAAUAACUGCCGUAACUAACGAGUCAUAAACUGUCCACUUCCCCUCUUGCGCAUCACGUCAAGAGAUGGCUCCAGCGAAUAAGUUCUGCUUCCCCAUCCCGGCAGUAUUGGAGAGCGAGCGCGUCAAAUUGGUGCGUUGUGUCAAGCUUGCUGUUCACACGAAGCUAUUCAUCACAGCCUACUCUGAUGUCAGCCUCUACGAUUUCAUCCCCCUGGGUCCAUACAAGGAUAAAGAAGAGUUUAUCGCCUCUUUAGGUGAGAUGGUGGAAGGUAAUGAUGGGAUGACUAUGUUUGCGGUGUAUGACAAGACCAGAACCAAGGAGGAAGAGGGGUAUGCAGGACUCGUUGGCUACGUGGACUCGUCAGCCCAAGAUCUAGUUACAGAAAUCUUCGUGAUCAUCGCUCCGGCAUUCCAUAGGACGCACGUAACGUCCAACGCUAUCGGGAUCCUCUUGAAAUACGCCCUUGAUCUGCCCGGUGGUGGCCUUGGCUUGCGGAGAGUGGUUUGGCAGGCCAGUGUGGCCAAUACCGCUAGUAUCAGGACGGCGGAGAGGAUGGGGUUCCGGCGGGAGGGAGUUCUGAGGUGGCAUAGAGCGUGGCCUGAGGCCAAGUCCCGCGGUGCGAAUGGAAUUCGUGUGAGAAAGGGAGAUCCUAGGGAGGAAGCGUUUCCGUUGGGACGGGAUACGGUGGUUUUGAGUAUUUGUUGGGAUGAUUGGGAAGGUGGGGUGCGAGCACAUGUUGAGGCGACGAUGGCGCGAACAGAAUAA